UCAGACUCUUCUGUGAAAAGGUAAAACGAGCUCCAAUAAGUGCUACACGUUCAAUUAAAAUUAAUUCGACAAAAGUAUACAGUGAAAUAAUCAAAUAAUCCUUCGAGGUGCAACUACUUUUACAGUAAAACGAUCUCCAGCUGCUGAACUGAAUCCUGUCUUUGAUCUUGCCUCUGAACGCCCAGUAGUGAAAAGUAACAUAGAAUUACUUUAGUCGCGAAAUUAUCAUUUCUAUUUCUGACGUUCAGUAAUUCGGGAUAACCAAAAUUUGUAGUUUUAUAUGAUAGUCAAAGCGAGAUAUUAUUUUGCCCGUGAACGUGCGUGAAACACUUUUCCAGUGCGAGAUAUACACAGAUAAACUUCAGAGUUUAUUCCAAGCAAUACAUGUUAGAACUGCCUUUGAUCCACUCUAUUGGAAGGAUCGCUUGCAUCGUUUAAAGUUUUGUUAUUUUGUGCUAAAAAGAAUACAAUGAGUGACAAAUCGGUUACAUACUACAAGGAUUCACUAGAUAUUCCGGAUACGGUUCGAACAAUGCAGACCGUACAUGGACAUAACUUCGAAGAGCCCUUCUACAUUUGCGAUCUUAGUGAAAUCGUAAAUAAAUUCAUCAUGUGGAAGCGAAUUUUACCGAGGAUAAUACCAUAUUACGCUGUGAAAUGCAACACAUACGCUCCUCUCUUGACUAUGCUAGCAGAACUAGGAAUCGGAUUUGACUGUGCCUCGGGCAAUGAAAUAGUAAAGAUACAAGCUUUGGGAGUGCUACCAAACCGCAUAGUAUUCGCUAAUCCUGUCAAGAGGACUUCAGAACUUUUAUACGCAAGGAAACAUGGUAUCAAAAGGAUGACAUUUGACAACGAAUGUGAACUGCAUAGAGUAAAAAAACUAUUCCCCGACGCCGAGCUCAUACUAAGAAUUCGUUGUGAUGCCAAAAAGGCCUGGUUCCGAGGUCUCGGUGAAAAAUAUGGAUGCGAUCCGAAAAUUGAAGCGUUUGAACUAAUUCAAUCAGCGUUGAGUUUAAACAUGAAGGUUAUCGGCAUAAGCUUUCAUGUUGGUUCAGGAUGCUUAGACUAUGGUACGUACUUUAAAGCUAUAGCUACCGCGAGGAAGAUAUUCGAUUUAAGUGAGAAAAUUGGAAACCGCAUGACAUUACUAGACAUAGGAGGAGGAUUUAUUUCUGACGUCCAAGCGUUCAGCGAGGUGGCAAAAGUUAUCAAUCAGGCUUUAUCUACCUUCUUCCCCAGUAACGAUGUUACUGUCAUAGCGGAACCAGGUCGUUAUUUUGCUUCUGCAGCCUUCACUCUCGUAACCAAAGUAAUUAAUGUGAAAGAGGCACGUAACAAUGGGAAACCAAGCUUCGCAUAUACGAUAAACUGCGGUAUUCAUGCAGGUUUUCGGUACUUACUAUUCGGCAGAAAGUUAACGAGGCCAGAAGUGAUUCGGGAGACAAAUGAAGAAAAGUAUAAAUGUACUAUAUGGGGACCCACAUGUGAUCCAGCUGACAAACUAUAUGAGGACAUUCGGUUACCUAAGCUGCAAGUUGAUGACGUCCUAAUCUUCCGAAAUUUCGGAGCGUACUCUACAGUGUUAGCAACGAACUUCAAUGGAUUCGAAAUGGCUGAAAUCAAACCUUAUUUGAAUGUCAAACACGAAAAUCUGAACCAACAAACGGAAUGGGACCGCCAAACAAUUAUUCAGUAACUCGUGAUAAAAUAAUUUUCGACUGAACCUUUAUCAGCUUCUCCUUCAAGAUACUUCUGUAUAUUUUGUUUUAUGCUUUAAUUUAUGUAACUCUGUACAUGAUAUUUUUCAUAUUAGUAUGUAUGUAUUUAACAAAUAUAUGUAAUUGGUGCGAAAGGAAAAAAUAAAGUACGGUAAAAAUGUA